AUGGCUCCUCAGAUCCGCCGCCUCCAGGUCGCCGUGUCCGGCCUCGGCCGCAUGGGCGCCCGGCACGCAAUGCACUUUCUACACCGUACGCCGCGGGCGGAGCUUGUCGCAGCCUUUACGCCAGACCCUAAGGAGCAGGCGUGGGCGAAGGAGCACCUCGAGCCAUGGGGCGUCAAGAUCUACUCCGACUACGAUCAGAUGUUGAAGCACGAGGGCCUAGAGGCUGUCUGCGUAGCUACUGUCACCACCGUGCAUGCGGAGCAGACGAUCAAGGCAAUUGAGGCGGGGAAGCACGUCCUAUGCGAGAAGCCGCUAAGCACAAAGCUGGAUGUGUGCCAGAAAGUCCUCGCAGCGUCCCGCGCCAACCCCCACCUCAAAGUAAUGUGCGGCUUCUCCCGCCGCUUCGACUCCUCCUACCUCGCCGCCUACAACAGCGCCCUCUCCGGCUCCAUCGGCCGCCCCACUAUCCUCCGCUCACAGACAUGUGACAAGUACGAUCCGUCUGGCUUCUUCGUCCAAUACGCCCAAUUCAGCGGCGGCAUCUUCGUCGACUGCAACAUCCACGACAUCGACCUCGCGCUCUGGUUCUUCUCCGCCGGCAACCCGCAAAAGGCGCUCCCGAAAGUAAAGAGCGUGGUGGCCGUCGGCGUCACGGCGCUGGAGCCCGAUCUCGCCAAGUACGGGGAUGUGGACAACGGCGUGGGCAUUGUGGAGUUCUACGAUGGGCAGAUUGCCUACUUCUACUCGAGCAGGAUGAACCCGCCCGGCCAGCACGAUAUGACAGAGGUUAUUGGCACCACGGGCAAGUUGUCGGUCAAUGCGAAUCCGACCACGGGGCUGCUGGAGUCGCAUCUUGCGACGGGCAUCCAUAGGGAUAUCCCCCAGAACUACUACGAGCGCUUUGAGCAUGCUUUCGUAGAGGAGGCGCGGCAGUUCACGGACGCUGUGUUGGACGAUAAGAAGGUGCCAGUUGAGAUGGAGAGCAGCGUUGAGGCGGUGCGCAUCGGUGUCGCGCUGCAGGAGUCGUUGAACAAUGGCAAGAAGAUCUUCUUUGACAGGGAGGGCAACAGGAUCGAGGAGGGUCCGCCCAGGGCUCGGUUGUAA